AUGAUAGCGGAGGCCAGGGGGUUUGAACACAGUCGUCGUACUCCAACCGACCCCACACAACAUUCCCACCCAACAACAUCAACAUCCCAACCCUCAAACAUCAACACCCCACCCAUCCCAUCCCCAACCCACAUCACCACCCACACAAUAUCCCCACCCCACACCCACAACAACAUUCCUACCCCACCUCCCAAUAUUCCCCACAACACCCCAACCCCACCUCACAACACCCCACCCAAUAACAUCCCCACCUCCCAACAUACCCCACAACAACAUCCCCACCCCACUCCCACAACAUCUCUACCCCACAACAUCCUCACCUCACAACAUCCCCAAUCCACAACAUCCUCAUCUCACAACAUCCCCAAUCCACAACAUCCUCAUCUCACAACAUCCCCAAUCCACAACAUCCCCACCCCACCCGCACAACAUCCACACCACACCCGCACAACAUCCACAUCCCACCCGCACAACAUCCACACCACACCCACACAACAUCCACACCCCACCCGCACAACAUCCACAUCCCACCCGCACAACAUCCACACCACACCCGCACAACAUCCACAUCCCACCCGCACAACAUCCACACCACACCCGCACAACAUCCACAUCCCACCCGCACAACAUCCACACCCCACCCGCACAACAUCCACAUCCCACCCGCACAACAUCCACAUCCCACCCGCACAACAUCCACACCCCACCCGCACAACAUCCACAUCCCACCCGCACAACAUCCACACCCCGGGUCUGUAG